CUUCAUCUAACCAAGAAAUGAUAUCAGCAAUACAUAAUACAUUCUUACUUUGAUUAAGGCCAACGGGUUGAGAUCUAUAUCAAGUUACUCUACUCAUCCUCAAAUGUCAGGUAAACAUAGCACCUGAGAAAAGCCCCUGGCUUGAGGCUUUGAUAUCGUAUAAGUGAGAGAAGAUGGAUAUUCCAGAUGUCUCAAAGCUACAAGUACAAAACAGCGAAGAGGGCGGGUCGAGCGACACUACAACUUCAUCUAUAGAGAAAAUCCAGCAACUUCUCAAGGCCAAAGAUGAUACCUCCAGAUUCGUUGGGUUGGCUCUUUUAAAGUCCGUCUUAGACAACUCCCCCGAACUUCAGAGUGAGAAAGAAGUUAUAGUUUCAUUAUGGGACUCUAUUUCACCCAAAUUCCUAGACAGGCUGUUAUGCACCGGUUCUCACUCUAGCUCGGAGCAGAAGAGCUCCAAGGACAUGCUUGACUUAGCAAUCGCUGUCAUUCAUACGUUUGCUGUGCUGUUGCCCGAUGACGCAAAGCAAGACACAAAACUACUUGGUAGAAUACCAAGAUUGGCCAAGGCCGUCCUUUACAGCUCCAAAGAGACAACCCAGGUAAUCAUAGAGACGUUGCUAACUCUUGUUACCGUACCUGGGGGCGCCAAAAGCUUCGCCGAUCUUGAUAUCGAUGACUGGACCCCUUUAAUAGAAAUCGCCCCAGAACACUCACAUGUGCUCACAAUAUUCAUCUGGGCCUGGGAGAGGGGACCUACCGACCUCGAAGAUGAAGCUACUCAGGAAGCGAUGAGGACUAAGAUCGACCAAGGAAUUCAAUCUUUUGUGUCCUCCUUCAUUGGAACCGACGCAACAAGUCUGCUGGAAUUCAUAUCCCAUGUUCUAAGGAAUCUCAACGAGAAUCUCAUCCCUAGAAAUCCAAAAUGGCUCGGCUCCGUUACCAAGCUCAUACGCAACUUAGUGACCAACAGACCAACCGCAGCCAGCCGUUCCGCAUACACAAACUGCGCGGGCGCCUUACUACUUAUAUAUCCGGAGUCGACGCCUCAGCUAUUAUUCCUUGACGAGAAGGACUCCUCAAAGCCUUUCUCGUACCUCUUCAUCAAUCUCAUCCUAGUAGACUUACGCGCAACCCUGCCCUCUCUCCUAGAAAAGCUCAACGACCCGGAAUACCCGCGGAUCUCGCAGCGUCUCACAUCCGCACUUGACAUUCUGACAGCCUUCAUCGGCCAACUUAUUUCCUGGAUGGAGGAGCUGGACAAUCCCAAGCCAGGCGCAAAUCCAGCAGAUUCCUGGCUCAAGAUGCCUCCUGAUCUGGUCCUUAAGCUCAGCAGCUCGAUCGCCGAAACCUUGUCCGUUGUAAUGGAGUAUCUACGGGAUCGCUGGGAUGCCUCGGUAGCAGGGGCUCAGGGAUUGCACCCGGAGGCACGAACCAGCAACGCGCAUACAGACUUCGGCUCCCAUAAGACGCUUGCCUGGGACGCGAAAGACGAGGGCGCAGCCACGGAUGCCUUCAUACUCUCUGCCAUACGCGCAAUCGCGCUCUGGGUCCGCGAUGACGAUGGUGACGCUUUAAGGAAAGAGGGCGCUGGGCUGAUGGACAUGUUUAUGGAACUGUACCAAAGUAGUGGUUCGAAUUCACCCCAACCGAGUGGACUAGAUUACAGGCUCCCUGUCCUUGCGGCGCUCGAAGGCGUGCUCCGCACAUCGAAGGGAGUUGAUGCUUUCAACUCGUACGACGGCUGGAAAGUACUUUCGAGUGAUAUGCUUAAGAUCCUUGAAGAGAGCUCGACUUGUACUGCCCUACAGGAAGCGGACAUCAUUCGCGGUAUCCGCAUCACUCUCGUCUUGCAGAUAGUAGCAGAGAACGAGGGUACGACCCCUGAGGACUGGAUGGGCGUGGUGACUGCCGUGGCGGCGUACGACGUACCGAUUAUAGAGGGUAGUUGUGAUAACGAGCCACUUCUCGACUUUCAAGCGGAUGUAUUGCAGCUCGUCGCGACAUUACUGUCGAAUGCGAAUCCGGGCAUGAGGAGGCGGUACGUGCAUUCAGCCAAUGCUAUACGGGGGGUUGCGGAGCAGUUACGGGGUAGGACGAACGGAGAGAGUGAUACGGCAAAGGAGUUAGAGGACGUGUUAUCUCUACUAAAUGGAUUGCAUGUAUAGUCGCAUGCAUUAGUCUCUCCUCCUUAUCUAUAGAGGCUUUCGUAGCUAAAGAUAGGCAUGACAGGCUUCUAUGCAUUUCAUAUGAGAGGAAUUCAUAUAGGUACUGCAGCACAAGAGUAGGAGGUACGACCUCAUAAUUCGAGUAAGCAAUCUAGGCAUCUGCCUGACAUCAAGGAUGCCUAGCAUAUAACUCGAAAGAGACGAGGCAGCAGUAUCAAACUAGAAAUACAAAGCCUGGUGGUGUAGUGGGAGCACACUCCAUCAUUACGCGCUUCUGAGCAACGAACUUGGAUGAGAUGUCGAGGUUGGAAAGGUCAUGGGUUUAAAUCCCAUCCAGACUAAUACUUUUUGUCUUUAUUUUUAUCCCCCUCAUUUCCUUCUAGAUUGUCUAUAGGUACCUACCAUAGCGGAGGAAAGGGGUUUGGGAGAAUGAUUCCAAAAUUGGAAUGGUUCCAUACGGCGCAACGUUUUUAGGUUUUAAGGGCUCUGAUUGGUCAGAAUUUGGGAAUAGUAGGUCUUGAUCCCCACUUUUAAAAUCUUAUUUUAUAAAAACUAUUUUAUAACCG